AUGGAAACGCGACAAAGGCCACCAGCACCAGGAGCAGCGCAGGAGGAGAAGCGUGGAGCCAAUGUGGAGGUCUAUGGCUUCGUUGCCUGGAUAGCCACAGGCCUCACCUUCGUGGCCUAUGUGUUGUGGGCGUUCCUGUCCGAAGAGUGGCUCGAGUGGCUCGGCGUGACCUACUACCCCUCCAAGCACUUCCUCUUCUACACGGCCUUCAACUGGGCCUUUAGCACACCCCUCGACGCACGCACCACUCUCACCGAUGAGCACACAGUGGCGCCAGCUCUGGGCACGCGGGAAGGAGCGACGCUGGUGGAAGAUCUGCUGCUGCGGCGAGAAGGACAUCGGCUGGCCGAGGAGGCUGGACUCGACCGCGACCGCUACCGACGCAACGUUCGGGGCGAGGUGCCGUCCCUGUGCGAUCUUCCCAUCACGACUGUCAACUCCCUCCUCUUCCCUUCCAAGCAAAAAUGA